AUGUCGGCAAAUAACCUUCUUCAAACUAUCGACAAUUACGUAAGGAAUAAAUGUGAUAAAGACCAUGGGUUUAUUCCGUAUGAAUAUGAUAAAGGAAGACAUGAUAAACCUGAAUAUGUAGAAGCAGAUGAAGAUGAAAAAACAUAUUUUAGGAGACAGAGAAUAUUAAUAGACGACCAUUAUUCAUUUCAGUAUUUUAAACAUUAUCUCAUUACAAGAAAUCCUGAGAAUGAAAACUGGCGUAUUCUUUGGAAUUCAUAUCUUAAAAUAAUGGAUGAACGAAGGAGUGAGUUUUUGGAUAGGUGUAAUCCACAAGAACGUAAAGAAUUUUUAACGCAGAGAAUGAAUUUUUUCCUUAACGCUCCAAAAAUUCGUAAGGAUGUUUUGAAAAAAGCUUUGGUAAAAGACUUUACUCAACUGUAUCAAAUGACUGAGGGGGAAUUUGAAAAAUAUUUUAAUGAUGUAUAUGCACCAGCGAUGAAAAAAGAAAGAAUUGAAAAGGUUGAAAAUCCAUUAGUGAAUAAGGAAGAAAAAAAGAAAACAUUCGAACAGUUAUUAGAUGAUUUGAUUAAAACGGCUGACAGAGAAUUGACAUAUGAAGAGUUAAUGGAUAAAGUUAAGGAUUUUCCGCCUUCUCCCUGGAAUGAAGAUGAAAUUUACCAACGCUAUUUACAAGGAAUCGAGAAUAGAAAGGAUAUAACGAGAAUUAAACGCCAGAUUGAACCUAUCCCAAUACCAUUUCGAACUAAAUCCAAACAGGCAUAUUUAAUCAUAGACGAUAAAUUUCCGUAUUUAAAGAAUGAGAAAUAUUUAGUAAAUUCAUUUCCGAAAAAUAAUAGACAGUAUUACCUUCAUUCUGUUUCUCCUCACGGUUUAUUUAUAAUCGAUUUAAUGCUUAACGGUUCGGAAGUUUAUUUAGUAGCGAUUGAAAAUAACACAAGAAAACUUUAUGUAGAACCUACAAACUUAAUUAAUGACGGCAAUUACGAAUCGUUAACGAAAGAUAAAAGAAAUACGGGUUUAUAUUUAAACGCUUUGGAGAAAAUAAUGAGAAAGGGUGCAGAUAUAAAGGGGUUAAAAGGAGAUGGUGAAGGAGUGUUUGCCUCUGACAAAUCUAAAAAGUUUUAUAAAAAUAACGGUAUAACAUUUAUUCCUGUGGAAAGAAUAAAGUUAAUAACCCCUAAGGAUAACUAUAAAACGGACCCUUAUCAUCAUUCACUAGCAAUCGUUGAUAGGGCUAUCAGAACCUUACGAGACAUGGCAUUUAAUGUCAGAAAGAAUUUAAACCCAACGUUAAUGCAGCAGUUAGUAGAUGUUUAUAAUAACACCCCGCAUUCAACACUUUCUAAAAUCAUGAAUUUUUUUACAUAUUUCCAGCUGGUGAUAUAG